GCAAAAUAGUAAUUACCAGCUCCGUGGGUUCCAUGAAGUAGGAGAGGUAUCUGUCAGCCAGAGUACUGCUGUCAUGCCUCUUCCAGGGCUCAGUGAAAGAUUCAUCUCGUCUGAAUAAAUGAAGAAAGUGACUAUGAAAGCACAGCAUCUACCUUCUGUUUCUGUCAAUGAGGAUAAGUUCAUAACCAGAGAGCAGCUCAGUUCUCUGCUGAAGACAUACAACUCUUACUAUUCUGACCAAGAAAAUCUGCAACUGUCACAUAAUCAGCAAGAAGGAAGUAAACCAUUUAUUGAAGGAAUCUUGUCAAUAUUUUGGGGAGUUCGACAUCCUAUCCGAUUAAAAAUUCAGGAUGAGAAACAGAUACCCUCUUUUGUAACCUUGAAGUCGACAGAGACUGUGGGUUUGUUCCCUAGCAAAAGAGGAAUGACACGCUGGGGAGAAUUUGAUGACCUACAUCAUAUUAGCGGAGAUACAUUGAAAUCUACUGAAGAAAAGCCAAGCCUUGGGACAAGUUACUCAUGUUACAAAAGCCACACGCUGAAGCCUGGGAGCGAGCAGGAACAUGAUUGCGCUACCCUGCCCAGGGCUGUGGGCAGUGCUGCAGCUGUGAGCAGGAGGAGCAGGCUCCCGUUGAUAGCCAGGACAGAAGUACAAACUCACAGGUUUUCAAUUAACGGCCACUUCUACAACUACGAGACAUCAGUUUUUACUCCGGCUUUUGGAUCAGAAACCAAAAUAAGAAUCAACAGCCAGAUGAGAACAAGACAAGUGAUAGAACAAUUGCUUCGGAAGUUUAAGAUUGAAAACAGCCCCCACGAAUUUGCCCUUUACAUUAUCCAUGCAUCUGGAGAGAAGAAGCAGCUGCGGAGUGGGGACGUUCCCUUACUGCACAGACUGUUGCAGGGACCCUCGGAGAAGAUUGCCAAGUUUUUUCUCAUGGACAGGGAUGUGGAAGAGAUCAGCAGUGAUGUUGCUCAGUAUAUUCAGUUUCACCUUCCCUUCUUGGAAUCAAUUCUGCACAGAAUAAAUGAAGAGGAGGAACGGGAGAUUCAACAGACCAUUGCAAGGUACCUGAAAGAGAAGAGUAUGAUAUGCCAGCACCUUCGUAGUCGAACUGCUAAAAAAACAGAGACUACGGUUUGAUGUGAAGGGCCUCUUGUGAGUACCCCACAGUUUGCCUUGGCCAUGGGAAUCUGUUUGGUUGCAUGGACCUGUCAUGGUUGAAGAACACCAAAAGAGGGAAUGCUCAAAGCACUGAAGCUUAUCUUCAUAAUUAUGUGACCAGAACUGAACCUGCUCCUCUGCAGCUCUGGAAUACAAUUUGGGAACCACUUAAGAUGAUGCACCAGAUCCCCAAAAGACAGAUGCUGAAUCCAGCUUGAAACUUGAGUUGAGGGAAAAAAAAUCCUGUGAAAAGCACAAGGAUUUAACACCUACUCAUUUACAGCACGUUGCCAGAAAUCUAUCAUGUAAGAAGAAUAUUGUAAUAGCCUACGUGUUAAUCAUACAGAAAAUAUGAAAACGUCGUGUAAGGUUUUCCUUCUAUUAGAGAAACGUUGUAUUAUAUUAGAGGGAAGCUUUUCAGUAUAGAUAGUUGGCAAAGGUAUUUAUAUAUCUAAGAUUGCAGUUAGGCUUUUCACUUACCUUGGGGAAAAGAAUUCAAACCAACAAACCUGUGGGAGAGAGACCUGCAAUCCCAUUGGCUUCAGAUGCCCAAUGUACUUCAGCUUUGAGCUACAGUGAGAAAAAUAUCAAUGGAUCCCUCCACACUUAAUAGCUACUCAGCUAUUAAACAUGAGAGGGAAUUUACCUCUGAAAUAUCUCUUGAACUGCUAUGUGAGAACUCUCACUAAUCACUGUUGCAUCUGCUUGAUUGGGUCUUGGAAGGCACCUCGGCACUUGCUGCUGUUGAGAGCAGCGAUUCUGUGUUUGUACCUGCGGUUGGUAUUUGCAGGUGGGAAGGAGCAGCAUUCAGAGUGGGGCUGAGGGUUACAGCCCAGGAGCAGGGGAAUGGUUGCUGGCAGCCUCCCUCUGGGGGUAGGGCUGGUCCAGCCUGGCCCCAGCACAGCCAACAGGCACCAGCGGUCAGCUCCUAGCUGCUUCA